UUGAGGACACUAGCCAACUGUCAGAUCAUUAGACCAACAUAACCAGGUUCAGACCAUUGGAAGCAAGUGAAGACGGAAGAGAGGUUUCGGAAGCAAGUGGACCUUCCCCAUAUCAGAAAGGCGUAGCUAGCAUAAGAAGCACUUGCAAGUGUGAAUUCUAUGCAGGCCAAGAGACUUUAAAUAAAGCCAAGCCUAUUGAGGAUUCUUGCCAUACUGAUCAAGCCCAUUCGAAGAUUCAUAAUCAUUGACGCCAGCACCUAACAUGGAAGCAAAAAGUAUAUGUCUGAAGCUUUUCAUAGACAAGAAGGGCCGACGGGUGCUGUUUGCUGAAGCAAACAAAGACUUUGUUAAUUUCCUCUUUACCAUUUUCACUCUGCCCGUCGGAGCUGUUACGAGUCUCCUAAAAGAGGGAGGCGGCAUGGUAGGCAGCUUGCCAAGCCUAUACAAGAGCAUUGAAAAUAUGAGAGUUACUCGCAUAUUCCAACCAGAUGAAAGCAAGCGCUUUCUGUUGGAACCCAUGGUAUUCAUGCCUGGUGCUAAAGGCCCUUUCUUAUUGCCAAACGUUUGCUCAACACUCCGUCAAUUCUAUAGGUGUCCGCGCAUCUCCAAGGGUUGUGAUACUUUGGUGGCUGAUGACAAUAGCUCAGUUUGUCCCAAGUGCAAUUCUAAGAUGAACCAGAUCGUAACAUUCAUAGACCCACCGGGUAGGGAAUCCCAAGGUUACCUGGAAGGGGCAUACAUGGUAAUGGAUGAUCUGGAGGUGAAAGCCCUGUCCACCAGCGCUCUUGUCACUCUGGCCAGCAGGUUUAACGUCGAGGAAAAAGGGGGUAUUGAGGAGAAAGUGGUCGAUUUGGGCAUGAAUGAGGGUGUUAAGUUGCUCAAGGCUUGUCUACAAUCGAAAACAGUAUUGACUGAUGUUUUCCUCCCGGCGGACAAAAGUGUUGUGAAAGUUGGUUCAGCAUGGGGAACGCUGAAUCCUGUAUGGGAAACAUGGAAUCCUGUAUGAUUCAGCAAUCUUAAAUAGAGAAGAAUUAUACUUAUUUUAGUAAUUGACAACA